AGAAGUAACCUCCGAAAUAGGUCACAGGAGAAUAGCAGCUGUCCUCAAAUCAACCCAAUCCCGAGAAGAAAGCAAAACCACAACUUUCCUUACGAACCACACUCCUUUGCCCACCCUUGAGAAUCUGCCAACUCAUACACGCAUCACACACCCCGAAACCCUAACCUUAUAAAACACAUCAACCCCGAACCUGAGCAAUCGCACACGGAAUCGCAAAGAUGACGCGCGCACAGCAAACUAUCUCUAUUGGCUUACUCGUCACUUCGUUAUACCUGGCAGUUUACUUGGAGUUAAUAUCUCUUCCUGGAAAGGUUUCUGAGGAGGUUAUUCCUGUGUUGCCAUUCUGGGUGUUGGUUUCGUUUGGAGCGUAUCUUUUGGGGAAGUUGGGCUAUGGCGUUUUUACGUUUAACGAUGUGCCAAAGGCGCAUGCGGAAUUGAUGGAGGAGAUUGAGUUGGCGAGGAAGGAUCUCAGAACGAAAGGUGUGGAUGUCGAUUAGAAGGUGAAGGACGACGUGUUUCGGGCAAGGAGAGGCAGCGCGAAUGGAUAUUGAGUGUCAUAUUGGCAGCGGGUCGGAGUCGGAAGGUUGAAUGGAUGGAGUAAAUUUGUCGAAUAAUUGAAGGGAUAUUCUUUACAUUGGCGUGCUGUUCGUGAAGGUGCCGAAGAAUAAGUGAAGAGUGUUCUACAAGACCAAUCCGUGAUUGAACAGAUCUAUCUACGGUAUGUGAUAUACAGACACCAAUGAGAUCUACCGCAUUCCCUUAUGCGUCUGCGCUCUGAGCGUCUGGUUCUUUCUCAUUUGUACUCUAAAGAAGCAUCUCUAUUUGCUUCAGGUGUAUCAAUAUUCUUCUAGUACUUCCUGCUCUUGUUCUUCUAUUUGAUACCAUCUAAGUGGCGGAAAACAUUGGUCUCCAUCUAUCCCCCUCUCCAAAUAUCCAUUAUCCCGUCGUGCCUUCUCUUUGAUGCUUUUCCUUCAACUUCUUUUCUUGCGCCAUAAAAGCUCUUAUGCCAACCGGAAUUCCCUCAAAUAAAUUGUCGCCAUUCCCUUCCCCUCCUAUAUCCCAAUUUCCCUCACUCCCACCACCAUCAUCAUCCAUACUCGUAGCCGCCUGUGCCAAAAUCCCCGGACUUUCUUUCCUAUUUUCUUUCUUCAACGCUCUAUCCGCAUCUUUCUUAGCAGCAGCCCAUUCCUCUAUUUCAUCCCGAUAGCGAUCCCAAACACAAUUCACACACCCACUCAUACAACAAUUAUCUGGUUCUUCUGGGCGCGGCGGAAUGAGUACUCCUGCAAUACGUUGGCUUUUGCGCAAAAUUUCAGAGCGUCGUUCUAAGGGGGAGGAUAAACGAGAGGAGAAGAGAAUUGCGGGUUCGGGGUCUGCGGCCGAUUCUGUAGGAGGAGGAGAUGCAGUUAUGGGCGGAUUCGAGGUAGAGGCAGUAGUGGGGGGCGCGGACGAUAUUUCUGGAGAAGAAGAGGAGAGGAGUAAGGAAUAGUAGUCGCCUACAGGGUGCGCUUGGUGGGCUGGCUUAUUGGAUGUAGAUUCGUAGCGUAAAAGGGAGGGGAGCUGGCAGACUGAGGGUGGAAGUUUGAGGCGUUGUGCUAGUCGGAGUAGGGUUCUUUGUCCCAUGUUGUAUUGGCCGAUUGUUGUAUUGAGAGAUAUACUCUGUAGAGUAAUUGGUAGACUUUAUUUUAUCGUGAAAUCAUUAGAGAAGUAGUUGGAUUUUUAAAUGGGCUGUUAAUGUUCCGUAGGUG